AUGUGCUCACAGAAGGACUUCACCAUCGCCAUCGUCGGAGGUGGCUUUGUAGGACUCGUAUGCGCCAUCGAGCUCGCAAGGGCGGGCAUACCAGUCAACGUCUUUGAAGCUACUUCAGGCUACGGCGAUAUUGGCGCCGGUGUCGGGAUCGGACCGAACGCACUGCGCGUGCUGAAACAUAUGGGCAUCGCCGAUGAGAUCGAGUCUGUACUCGAAGACCAAGGGCCGCAUCAGAGCCUUAUGACGUUCGUCAGAGGCGAAGACGUACAUCACGUCGUGUACCAGUACCCCUCUGAUAAGCGAAAGGAUCAAGGCCUCGCCGUGCACAGAGCAGCUUUUCUGAAUGCGCUUCUGCGCGUUGUACCCUCGAACGUAAAGAGCCACUUGAACAAGCGCUGCGUUUCAGUCUCCACUAUGCCCGACGGACGGGCUCGAGUACGCUUUGCGGAUGGUACCGAGCAUAUAGCCGAUGUCGUCGUCGGUGCGGACGGGAUCAAGAGUGUUGUUCGUGCACACGCACUUGGCGAUAAAGAUGAUCGGCUCGUCGAUACGCUCUGUUGUGCAUAUCGAACGCUGGUGCCUAUGCAGCAGCUCUUAGAUGCAGGCGUCGAUCCCGAGUUGCUCAAGCCUCACGCGCGAUGCUGGAUGGGCAACGGCAAGCAUAUCAUCAUGUAUCCCGUCUCCUCUGGCACGAUGCUCAACAUCGCGGCGUUCACUACCGACCGUUCGCGCCCCAUGCAGCCUGCGGGCCCCAAGUCCUCUUGGUCGACCUGGGUCUCUCCCGCGCCUCUCUCUGAGGUUCUCUCUGCCUUCUCAGACUUCGGACCCGACGCCAAGGCGAUACUUGGUUGUAUAGACGUGCCGAGCAAGUGGGCCGUCCAUGGGAUGUAUCCUCCAAUGGACACCUAUGUCGGGCGUGCGAGGACCGAAGGAGAAUCUAGGGAUAGGCCGGGAAUGAUGAAAGUGAAUGCGGUGCUCGUAGGCGACGCGGCGCACGCGAUGUUGCCGCAUCUCGGUGCAGGAGCGGGGGCCGGGAUCGAAGACGCCUUCGUCCUCGCGCGUCUACUCGCCCAUCCGCAGACGAAGCGCCGAAACCUAAACGAGGUCCUGCGCGCCUAUGAUAGCGUGCGCGUCCCACGCGGAGCGUACAUCGCCAAUGCAAGUAAACGAGCUGAAGACGCGUAUCAGGGUCGCGGGCCGAACGGGUCGUCCGAUGCAGGACGUAGGAAAGAUCUGACGCUGCAGUGGGAAAGGGUGUGGGAGCAUGAUGCUCAGACAGACGUGCAGAGGGCUAUCGGGGCGCUUGUUGCAAGGGGAGUAUUCUUCGGCCCUGCGCAUGAGAGGGUGCAGGCGAGGCUUUGA